AUGAAGGCCAUCAGCUCCUCCCUGCUCAUCGCCGCCGCCGCUGCUGCAGUAAUCGCGCUGUGCUCCGUCGCCCCCGCUGCAGCGGCGCGCGAGGCGCCGGCGCCGAUAAUCGUCGGCGGGUGGAGGCCGAUCAAGGACGUGAACGACCCCCACGUCCAGGAGCUGGGCGGGUGGGCGGUGUCGGAGCACGUCAGGCAGGCCAACGACGGGCUGCGCUUUGUCAAGGUGGUGAGCGGCGACGAGCAGGUCGUGUCCGGGAUGAACUACAUGCUGCUGAUCGAGGCGACCAGCGGCGCCGCCGGGAAGAGCGCGACGUACGGGGCGGCGGUGUACGAGCAGGAGUGGACCAAGACCCGGCGGCUGCUGGCGUUCGAGGCGGCGAACUGAUGAUCCGGGACGUGUACUCGCCGUGUGGUGGUGGCGUACUGGCGUGGGCUGCCCGUUUCUGGUUACAUGGAUUUUGAGAUCGAUUAGGGUUAAUCUUAAUCAAGA